AUGCCUCCGCGACGGUACAUGGUCAAGCUCCAGCUUUCCAAGGACUUCCUCAAGACCUUGCCCCAUAUACCGAGUCAGAAGACCCGUCUCCGAAGACUAGCCGCCGAACGGGCCGCCGCCGCCGCCGCCGCCGCCAACGGCAACAACCAGAAACAGAACUCCCCCGCCACCGACAGUCAAGAUAAGGCGACCCUUUCCAGUUUCAAGAUCAACCAGGGGAUCAAAGGUGACUCCACCGCCGGUUUGACGAUGAACACGGUGACGGCGGCCCAGCUCGAUAAGACGGGGAAGCCGUGCCGCAAGUGGGUGAAGCAGCCCCGCAAGUUUAGGACGUUUACAGGUUAUACCGUAGUAGUGUUGGACUACGGAACCGAAAGCAAAACCCCCCCGCCCGCUGGGAUCAAGGUGAAGCCAGACACUGAUGCUCUCGACGAUGUCCUCGACGAGGCCACAGCGACACCCGAGCUUUUAUCGGAAGCCUAG